UUUUGACAGGAUACGAGAACUUGCAGAACCCAAGAAAGCUGCUUGUGCAAAUGAUCGCAGGCUCGUGUGGGGAAACCAAGAGACGAUCUGGACCCUCUCGCAGAGUGCUAUGACAAUUCAACCAUCUCCGAGAACAGUGGCACUGGCCAAGCCCAAGAAAGAUUUUGGCAAGCACCAGUGCAGGUCAGUGAUCUGUGGACGGGAAUCAACGAUCUGGGAGCGUCCUCUGGUACCAGAUUUUCGCGUCCCUUCUGAUCGGCUGCUGAAGUUGUCUGAACCUAAAAAAUAUCAUGCUGCUUACCUGCAGCAAAGACCUCGCGAGUCCCCUCAGUGGCCUGUGUCGCGAGCUGCACUGAGCUAUGAGGCCUCCCCGCGGAUCCUCGAGCUUGCACGGCCAAAGGCGCUGCACCCAGAGUUUCUGUGGGCCAGAGAGGUGCCAACACGGGUUACAAAUGUUGCGGCCUCGGCCAGAGCAUCCUCGCGGUUACAGCGUCUGGCAGAGCCCCGGGUCAGGGAGGUGACCUGCUUCUAUGAGGACAGCUUUCUCGAAUCUGUCAUCCGUCCGGUGUCCAAGUCGGCUCAGAAGGCAAUUGCAAGCCCUCGGACCCUGGAGCUGGCUAGGGCAAAAAGAUUGCAUCUUGACUAUGUGCCUCCACGGGACGCUGCGUGGCCAGUGACGAAGGCUGCAAAGCAGGCAGUGGCCACACCAAGGCUUGUGGAACUGGCCCAGCCUUGCAAAAGGCCUCCUAUGAACUUGGCUCAGUUCAACCCAGAUGCGUUCACAGUGAAGGAGGCUGCUAAGAAGGCAACUUGUUCUGCUCGGAUCCAAGACCUGGCUCGUCCGAUUAAGCGCUGA